AUGUAUAUGAACGGGGACGCCCACAUGCGACACCUCCCGCCCAUGAUGACUUCGCCGCCACCGCCCAAGAGAUACAAGUCGGAUACUCCCAGCGACACGGGUCACGGUCGGUACUAUUCGCACUCGGUCCCCAGUGAGCGAGCCCGAUCACGGCAAACCUCGACCGCGAUGGACCUGUACACCCUGGUCGAUCGGGACCCGGUCGACAAUGACCCGCGCAGGAACUUUCGCUUUACCAGCAAUGGCUCGGUGGCCACGCAAGCGUCGGUCGCGUCCAACACGUCGCAACUGUCUCGUUCAUCCCCGGUGGUGAUUUCGAAUCGCCUGAUCCCGGAAAAGUACCCCUGCUACAAGGAGAACGGCCGAAGCUAUCAUGGCUACCGGAAAGGGAUCUACCCGCUCCCCUGCGACGAGGAGGAACAAGACCGACUGGAUAUCGUGCACAAAGUGGUGACCGUGGCCCGAGCCUCGGAUGGCUUGAUCUACGCUCCGUUCCCUCCCAAGGCCAGGGUGCUGGACCUGGGCUGUGGCACGGGCAUCUGGAGCAUCGAUGUGGCCAACAAGCACCCGGAUUCAUUUGUGGUUGGGGUCGACAUUGCGCCCAUGCAGCCCACGAAUUUCCCCAAGAACUGCGAUUUCUAUGCCCCGUUCGACUUUGAGGCGCCCUGGACAAUGGGGGAAGAGUCGUGGGAUAUCAUUCACAUGCAAAUGGGAUGUGGGAGCGUUGCGAGCUGGUCCAGUCUCUAUAGAAGAGUAUUCGACCACCUUCGAGCCGGGGCAUGGUUUGAACAAGUCGAGAUUGACUUCAAGCCACGCUGUGACGGUCCUUCCAUCAGCGAGACUCACCUGGCGCACUGGUACAACAAGUUGAAGGAGGCCACCGAAGCCACACAGCGCCCUCUGGCACACAACUCGCAAGAGACCAUCCGCAACCUGCAGGAAGCGGGGUUCACUGAGAUCGACCACCAGCAGGUCGGGUUACCGUUGAAUCCGUGGCAUAACGAUGAGCAUGAGCAAAAGGUUGCGCGUUGGUAUAACCUUGCCAUCUCUGAAAGUGUACAGCCUCUCAGUUUGGCUCCUUUCAGUCGAGUUUUGGGCUAUUCCAAGGAAAAGAUCGAUCAUCUGGCUGCCAAUGUCAAGCGAGACGCGUUUGACAAAAAUAUUCACAGCUACAAUAUAUUGCACAUUUACCAGGCGAGGAAACCAGCUACGCCUUAA